AUGGCGACCAUCAUGCCCGAAUCCGAAGGCUUAUUCUGCCGGAGAACGGCCGGAGACCGGGCUGCGCAGAAUCCCUUCUGGCGGCUGUCGAUCUUUCCGUUCGGGGAGUCCGGCCCUGGCCCCGCGGCGUUCGACCUCGACGACGCGCUCUCGUUCGAGGACUACGAGCCCUUGACCGAGCCCGAGGCCCUCCGCCGGCCGGAUCCCUCGCCGGAGGUAUCCGUCUCCCUCAUGCCCACCGUCUCCCGCGUCGGCGGCGGCGUCGUCUGCGCUGUAUGCAUGGAGGAGUUCGCGAGCGGCGCCUGCGGCAAGAUGAUGCCCUGCUCGCACGUCUACCACCAGGAGUGCAUUGCCCUGUGGCUCGCCGAGGACGGGUCCUGUCCGCUUUGUCGGUGUCGGGUCUUGCCGGAGCUAUGA